AUAUAGAAGUCUGUUGAAACUUACAGACUGCAUACAAGAGACGAACCCUUGUGCUCCUUUACAUCCUGGUUUUCCCGCAUGGUUUGAACGGGGGAAGGAUAUGCAGGAGGAGUGCGAUAUCUUUAGAAACUUGAACAGAGCUUUGCUGCACCGCAGCGCGCACAAACACUGAGCCCUCGCAUAUACAAACUUUCAACCGCGCAUCGACUGUUAUUCGACAACAUUAUUACUGGAUGCGCGGACACUGUGGAACUGUGCUCAUUGAACUGUAUGAAAAAGCCCCGAAACAGAACUUUCACGCAAAGCCACUGCACUAAAAACGGCUUAGAGCGGGUUUUCCGUGGUUUGACAGCCGUAUUGGCUCUCCUCGGGACAACUGAAAUCACACUGACGGACUGUUGUAGCAAUGGUCCAGAAAACGAGCAGCACCGAGAAUCCUGAAGCACUGGAGCUGGACUUGGCUUCUUCCACGGCAUCCGGGGGUGACAAGCUUGACCCGGGCUGGUGCAAAACCCCCAGCGGUCACAUCAAGAGACCGAUGAACGCCUUUAUGGUGUGGUCGCAAAUCGAAAGGCGUAAAAUUAUGGAGCAGUCGCCGGACAUGCACAACGCGGAGAUUUCCAAGAGACUCGGCAAGCGCUGGAAGCUCCUGAAAGACAGCGACAAGAUCCCCUUCAUCCGAGAGGCGGAGCGGCUCAGACUCAAGCACAUGGCCGACUACCCCGACUACAAGUACCGGCCGAGGAAAAAGGUCAAGUCGAGCGGCUCCAAGCCGAGCGAGAAGGGAGAGAAGAUCGGCUGCGCGAGUGCCGGUGUGUCAAGACCGUCUGCAAAAAAGAGCGGAAGCCCCAGAGCAACGAGCAAGCCUCAAAAAAUUGUUCUGGGGAGCGCAAAGACAACAUAUGCCGAGCAGGGACCCGCCGAUCACCACUCUCUGUACAAAUCCAAGACGGGCUCAGCCUCCAAGCAAAUGCCUGACAAGAAGACGAAGCGGGUUUACCUUUUCGGAGGCAGCAGCGUUAUAAGCGCGUCCUCCGCAGCUGUGCCCGCCAGUCCGACCCUGAGCAGCUCCGCCGACUCCAGCGACCCGCUGAGCCUGUACGAUGACGGAGCGACGAGCGGGAAAGAGGGCGCCGACUCCCCCAGCAGCUCGUCCUCCAGGUACACCAGCAUGCGGGCUUCCUCGCCCACCCCGUCUGCAUCGCACUCGUCCUCGUCCCAGUUCUCCUCCUCGUCAGACGAGGAACUCGACGACGACAUGCUGGACGUCAAUCCGAGCCCAGGUUUUGACAGCAUGUCUCUGGGAAGCAUCGGCUCCUCGGUGCUGGACAGAGACUUUGACAUGCAUUUCGAAUCCGGGGCGUCUCAUUUCGAGUUCCCCGACUACUGCACCCCUGAGGUGAGUGAAAUGAUUUCAGGGGACUGGUUAGAGUCGACCAUUUCUAACUUGGUUUUCACGGCUCACGUGCUGAACUAGACAGAAAAGUUAGGCGUGAGGAUGGAAGAAUCUUUGAACAAAAAGGGAUUGCAGACGAGCAUGUUUGUAAAGUAAGCCACCGUGUGAGGGGUCCCGCCUGAAGCGCUGAUAAACAAAAGCGGUAAACGCUGACAGGAUGGAAAAGUGUCGCGAGAGGACUGAAGUCUUUUCCCCGCGCUUGGCACGAGGACGGAAUUCACGAGGAGUGACUGAGAUCCUACUGAGAAAAUAUGAAAACACGAUCUGAACUGGAAAACUGUGAUUGAUUUGCACGUACAUCGAAGGCGGGCUUAUGUCCGUUUUAAUCAUUUUUACUUAAAAAAAAAAAAAAAAAAAAAGAAAAGGGGAAAAAAAGAGAACUGAAAUAUGGGCUGUUUUAAUCAUGUCGGAUUUAUUAAGCAAGGUGGGUUGGCAAAAUACAACUUUUUUUAUAUAUAUAAAAAGAAAACGAAAAAAGAAACGCAUGUUACUUGUCCUCUCUUGUGUUGAGAUUUCUGUAAGAACUAGCGUUAGCAUUAUUUAAAUGGAUAGAUGGCGCCAAGUUUGAUUUCCUACUCGCGGGGAAAAAAAAUCACCAGCUGUUUUCAUUCUUCAGGAUUCAAACACAAAAUCAAAUCUGUGCUGAACUUUAUAUACUCUCUUCUAUUCAGGACCAAAAACUCUUUAAGUUGUUUUCCGGAAGUAUUGAGACAUAGGCUACUGUUGAUUUGUCAUCGUUGUUUCCUUUCCUGUGUUCUUCAGAUGCCAUUUUCUAUGGAUGUAUUUAUACUGGCCAAACAGUUUGUCUUCUUUUUAUGUUCUCGUAAGUACACUCGCAUCUGUCUGUCUCCUUCUCCGAAGAAGGGCUAGAGUUUUAACCUUUUGGGUUUUUUUUAUAUUUAAAUGUAGACUUUUGACACUUAAAGAGAGGAAACGUUUGAUUAUUUUCUCAGUGUAUUUUUGUACAAAUAUAUAUAAAAGGGUCGAUCGGUGUGAAUCGCUGUUUUUGGAUUUCCUUAUAUAUAAAACAACAACAAUAAUAAUAAAAAAAAAUAAUAGAAAAAAGCAGGUGGGUCGUCCUCCUGUUUCAUGUUUACAGUUUCAAUCUGCAGGCGUCUUAAAGACACAUAAACACUCCAAAACCCAGUUCAAGCCAACAUGUGCUUAGUUUCUACAUUUCCUCUGAUCGUGCCGAAUUAACCUGAUUGUAGCUUUAAAACGAUCGAUCGAUGUUUUUUUUUUAAAUCGAGAAACCACUGGAUGGAAAAGUCGUUACACAUAUUCAAAUGGUCGAGUUGAGUUUCGCGACGGUUCUGUACUGCGUUCCUCAUUGUAUUUGAAUAUUUAAUCUUUUCUACUUGUCAGAUAAGUAUAGCUAAUUGUUUUAGUAUCUUCAGGCAUGGUGAAUAGAUUUGUAUUUCCGAUUCAGGUUUAUACUAGCUGUUGUGUUAAAAAAAGGAACAGAGAAAAUAAAAAAUAAAAAAAAUCUUUGUACAGCUGUAUCAUAGGCAAAAAAGAUUGUGUGUUUAUGUAUGUUGUUGCGCUUUAUCUCGACAGGCACUAGAACGGCUACCUUUUAUACAUCCUUGCUUAACCUACUUAAUUUCAAGAUGGCUGUUAAGGAUUUUUAUAUAUAUAUAUAUAUAUAUACAGUUGAAAUAUAUUAACUUUAUUUUCAUCCAUUCUGUGCAAUAUGCUGUGUAGAAAUAUUGUUUUUGUCUAAUCAUGCCAUAAUACAUUUUUGAGAGGAAGUCUCAUGCCAGCUUAUUGUGUCAAGUCACUGCCUGUCAGAUUGUUCAUAUACUCCUGUACAGAACUUUUUUCAUAAAGGAAAUAAACUCAGCUGGAACUGAA